AUGGAGUGUUCGAACAUGAAGCAACAUCAUCAGUUGGGUUCAUACGCAGAGCCAAGGAUCUCAUUCUCUAGCGGUUUCGCAGCGACUAAGCAAGAGAUGAUCAACUACAAGGAGGCACCAGUUUCGUCAGAUGAUUUCGAAUUUGGAGUUAAGAACUUCUCAAUGAUCACUGCUGAUGAAAUUUUCUUUGAUGGUAUGAUCUUGCCUCUCAAGGAAGAAGUUAACACUUCGAAGAGAAUGUCAACUCUAAGGGAAGAACUUAGUGAAGAAGAUGAUGAUUCGUUGAGAAGCAAAUCAAAAGGGUCGAGUGGUUGGUGGAGAGGGAGAUUAGGGCUAGGAUUCGUGAGGUCCAAGAAAGAUCACAAGAGAAGUUCUUUUUAUCACCAUUAG